AGGCUAAUCACAUGACCAGGUGGGGCUGCAGCAACUGUUGGAGCCGAGCAGUGAAGAAAAAUCCAAACUGUCAACAACACGCCAAUUCUCCAACACAUUUAUUCUCAUGGAUGAUCUCUCUCGGUGAUUUAAAAGGUGUUAUGGAGCUAACUGAAGCUAGAUUAAACACACUGUGACAUGUUGGCCCAAGCAGGAUCAUGGCUGCUAGUAACUCCUCCUAAACACCCAAACCACUUCCUGUCGUCAUGGCCUCAAGCUAUGCGCCACCUUUUGAGGGCACAGGUGAAGUAAAGGAAGGCUUUCUUUGCCCUCUGUGCCUAAAGGAUCUUCAGUCUUUUUACCAACUCCAAGGUCACUAUGAGGAGGAGCACGGAGAUGAUCGGCAUGUUCGAGGACAGAUCAAGAGUUUAGUUCAGAAGGCAAAGAAAGCCAAAGACAAACUUUUGAAGAGGGAUGGAGAUGACCGCCCAGACACUGGGAGUUAUGAGUCCUUCUACUAUGGUGGAGUCGACCCAUAUAUGUGGGAGCCUCAGGAACUGGGAGCAACCAGAAGUCAUCUGGACCUGUUUAAGAAACACAGAGCUGACCGUAUCGAUCAUUAUGUCAUUGAAGUCAACAAGCUCAUCAUUAGACUGGAAAAGUUGACAGCAUUUGACAGAACCAAUUCAGAUGCUGCCAAAAUCAGAGCCAUUGAGAAGUCUGUAGUGUCUUGGGUUAGUGACUCGGAUGUCCCCUUCUGUCCUGAUUGUGGAAACAAGUUCAACAUCCGAAAUCGACGGCACCAUUGUCGUCUGUGUGGAUCCAUCAUGUGCAGAAGAUGCAUGGAGUUUGUCCCCCUACCUUUGGCCCAGAAACUAAUUAAUGGGACACGAGAGGCCCUGUGUGUGCCUGGAAGUCCCGGGCAGUCCCAGUCUCCACCAGCAGGGGGUGGUGGCAGUGGGAUGGGCAGCAGAAGGGGGAGCAUCACCAGCUUGAGCAGCGUGGCCUCCAUAUUGGAAGAAAAGGAUGACGAGAGGAUCCGCUGCUGCCACCAUUGCAUGGACACUUUGCUGAAGAGGCAGCAGAAGUUGGAGGAGAAGGAUCAUGUUCCAGAUGUAGUGAAACUUUAUGAGAGGCUGAGAAUGUGUAUGGAGAAAGUGGAGGAAAAGGCUCCAGAGUAUAUUCGGAUGGCUGAAUCUCUGAAUGCUGGAGAAACCACAUACAAUCUGGACACUGCUGGUGGACUGAGGUUGGAAGUGCAAAAAUACUACGAGUUGAUUGACGCUCUAAGUAAGAAGAUUAUAACGCUGGGGCUCAAAAAUGACCCGCAGCCACACCCGAAGGCGCUCCAGCUACAGAAAAUGAUUCGCUACACAGCUACACUGUUUGUGCAGGAAAGGCUGUUGGGGCUGAUGUCUUUACCCACUAAAGACAAAUAUGAAGAGCUAAAAGAAAAGAGGAAACAGGAACAGGAGAGGAGACUCCAACAAGAGAGACAGGCAGCCCAGGAGAACCGUAACAGGAGGCAGGAGUAUGAGAAAACCCGUCCACCGGCUAAUGGAGAGCUGCCGCAGGCCCCCAGAGCCCCUCGCAUGACUAAAGCCGGUGGCUGGCUCCCUUCUGCAGACUCUGUCAAAACUCGCAGCGACCUGGAAGACCCCCUGCUGCAACAGAUUGAAAACAUUCAGUCGUUCCUUCGUCAGGCACGUGAGGCCCAGCGGACAGAUGAGGUUGCCAUGCUGGAGGAGAACUUGCGCCAGCUGCAGGACGAAUACGACCAGCAGCAGACCAGGAUGGCCAUAGCACUCUCCCAAAAACUGGCACAGGAGGAGAGUUUGCAGCAAGGGGAGUUUCAGCGCCUGGAGGAGAGGGAGAGGGAAGGGAGGGAGCAAUGGGGCUCAACCUUUACAUCUCCUCAACCAUCACUCUCCUGGGCGCAAUCCCUGGAUAUCAGCCCAGCAGGUCACCAGACAGAGGAGGAGGAGAAGACAGCAGAGGUCCUGACUCUGAAUUCUGAGGCAAGUCCGCCAGCUGUGAGGGCCCUCUCCUCUCUCACAUCACAGGAGGAUUCUCCUCCACGAUUAAGAAGCUUAGGAGGGCACAUAACCCCCCCUAGUGGUGAAGGACAGAACAGCACUUCCCUUAACCCAUUUGAAGAGGAGGACUCAACUCCCAUUGAGGAUGAUCCAUCCAAUCCUUUUCUUGAGGACAUCAAGAGGGAACAUCAGGAACUUUCCAACGGGAAGAAGGAAUACAACCCCUUUGAGGAAGAUCCAGACAGAGAAGAGGACAAAGUGGCUGAGAUGGCCUCAAGCAACCCCUUUGAGGACGAAGACACAGACACAGGCAACCCCUUUAUGGACGCUGCUGGGAACUCGCCGGAGGCCUCGACCAAUCCCUUUGAUGGUGAUGCAGAAGAUGAAGCUUUGCCGGAUGUAGACAUGAUCGAGGAAGAACUGCUUCUCCAGCAGAUCGACAACAUCAGGGCAUUCAUCUUCGAUGCCAAACACAGCGGGCGGCUCGACGAGGUUGAGCUCUUGUCGGAGAACCUCAAAGAGCUUCAGCACACUUUGCAGGAGCAGAAGAAAAAGAGGCACUAACAAACUUUGGCCGCGAUCACCUGCUAUUUACCAAGUUGUCCAUUGCUUAUUCACUUUAGGAACGAUCAUCCCAGCUUAGAGCAGUUUGGAUCCAUUUCCCAUUAGAGAUUAAUUAAACACGAUCCCUAGUCCCCUAAUAUCUUUCUAGAUCAUUUUUGCCUGUAUGAGGUUUCAUAGGUUUGACAUCCAACCCAUGCAUAUAUGCAAAGCACAUGUAUGAAGUUUUAAAAUUACAAUAGAAAAUGAACAAUGGAAGAUUGGAAAAUGUUAUUUUGGAGGAUAAGAGUUUGUUCUGCAGUUGAAGCUGUGAUCAAAGUCCAAAUGGUUCUCAGCUCUGAGGAUAAGUGCACUACUGUGUUUGUGGAUCUGCAACUCAACGUUUACAAAGAACUAAACCAUAUUCCUCCAACGGGGACAAGAGCAGUGCUGUUUUAUAUCGACAACUCUAAACCGAUCCUAAAACUAUCCGAUUGUUGAUGCAUCUCUUGUUACCCUAUUAGUUCCAUGUAGGAGCUAAUGGUGCAUUUCACAGUUCGCAUUUCAUCUUUUCAGGGUAGGCUUGUCUGAUUCUAAUAAAAUCUGCAGUUACCGGUAAAUAAUUUUUCCCAUUCUAAUCUAAGUGUCAAGUAUAAAAGAUUUAGCUGAAGACUUGAUCAAAUGUUAAAAUUGCUUUUAAUGCAUUUGAUCUUAUAGCAAACCACCUUAAUGACUUCACCAAAAGCGAAUGUUUGUGUUUCUCUACAGGUUGAGGUGUUUGUUUUUUGGUGAGCAUUGUGUGGCCGUUAAAUGUUGAGCUCAAAGCUGGUUUUGUCUCCCUGUCCUCCUGUGUCUGCUCAUGGUGCAUGUCUUCUCUUUGGACCUUUAAUCCAGAGUUCACCUGAACAGUUCACUCAACACUCUGUAUGUGCUUGACACUAUUCGACCAGGCACACUUUGGACGGCUUUAAUAGGAGUAGAAAGUUGAAAAGCGCUGAAACUUGUCUAGAGAUAAGUGAUCGAAGGAAAUUUAUGACAUAUUUGUUAGAUGUGCGCUAACACUACAUGGAUGCCAGCAGUAUUAUGAUCCAGCUCUUCUUUGUUUGUCCUAACUUGAUUCUGUUCUUCCUGUCAGAUUUUCCAUGUUAUACUUUAUUUGCUAAACCCUGAAAACUGCAGAUCCUAAAUAUGUGGCACUAAAUAUUUUUGUGGCUUAUUGAAUUCCUUACAUGUAUGAUAGCAGUUAAUUUUAGUUUGGAAAUAUUUGCAACAUUCCUGCAUUAUAUAUAAAAAAAAAGGAAUUGCACAAUAACCCACAUCCAUCACUUUAACAACUAGCAGAGGUUCCUUCAAUACAAAUAAAACUGAUCUGUAAUAACAUUUG